AUGUCUGCUGCUGGAUACGAUAGACACAUUACGAUCUUUUCGCCCGAGGGCCGUCUUUACCAGGUCGAAUAUGCAUUCAAGGCUACAAAUCAAACCAACCUUAAUUCAAUGGCAAUCAGGGGCAAGGACUGUUGCGUAGUGAUAAAUCAAAAGAAGGUGCCUGACAAGUUGUUGGAGUCAUCGACAAUGUCAUAUAUGUUUCCGAUUUCGAAUCACAUCGGUAUGGUGGCCAAUGGGCCAAUUCCUGACGCCAGGAACGCAGCUCUAAGAGCCAAAGCAGAGGCUGCAGAAUUCCGUUACAAAUACGGCUACGACAUGCCAGCAGACGUACUGGCGAAGCGGAUGGCAAACUUGUCACAAAUUUACACUCAAAGAGCUUACAUGAGACCACUGGGGGUGAUAUUGACAUUUGUGUCUGUCGAUGAAGAACUCGGGCCUUCGAUAUAUAAGUGCGAUCCAGCUGGCUAUUAUGUGGCGUACAAGGCCACUGCUACAGGACCAAAGCAGCAGGAGCUCACGAGCGCACUGGAAAAGUUUUUCAAGAAACGCAAGGUCGAUUUUGUGGAUGAAGAAUCAUAUGAAAAAGUUGUAGAGCUGGGAAUCACCCAAAUGAUCGAUGCUCUAGGCACAGACUUUGGUAAAAAUGACCUCGAAAUAGGUGUUGCCAUUAAAGACAGCUUUAUCUGUCUGACACCUGAUCAGAUAGAAGAAAGACUCGUUGCAAUCGCUGAACAAGAUUGA